CUCCAUCCCAAACACACACACAUUUUUCCCCCGGACUUGGAAAGUCACCCAAAGCCGCCCCAAGUGCAGGCAAACAGGCCUCGCUGAGUGAAGGCAGAGACCCUCUCUACCCCACCUGCCUUUCCUGCUGUCACCUCCCGUGGAAGGGGGUCCUGCAGCUCCCGUGGUGUGUGUUGGAAUGGACUUCGGACCCCAGCUUCUUGGGCUGCAAAGGAUGAAGUGACACCCCCACCGCGAGAGAGGAGCCUCUAGGACCCGCUACAAGAGUUUGGGACCAAAGAGAGAAGAAUGGAUCUUGGUACAGCUGAAGGCACCCGGUGCACCGACCCACCCACAGGCAAGCCCGCGAUGGCGGCCAAGCGCAAAGGCGGCCUGAAGCUCAACGCCAUCUGCGCCAAGCUGAGCCGCCAGGUGGUGGUGGAGAAGGGAGCAGAGGCUGGCUCUCAAGCUGAGGGCAGCCCCCUGAGGCCCCGGGACAAAGAGCGCAGUGGCCCCGAGCCGGGGGCGGCCCGGGCCCCCCGCAGUGAGGAAGACAAGAGGCGGGCGGUGAUCGAGAAGUGGGUCAACGGGGAGUACAGUGAGGAGCCGGCAUCCACGCCCGUGUUGGGGCGGAUUGCCCGAGAGGGUCUGGAGCUGCCACCCGAGGGUGUCUACAUGGUGCAGCCACAGGGCUGCAGCGACGAGGAAGACCACGGCGAAGAGCCCUCCAAGGAAGGCGGCGGCAUGGAGGAGAAGGACUCGGAUGGGGCAGCCUCCAAGGAUGACAGUGGCCCCAGUGCCAAGCAGGCUUCAGGAGAGGCCUCCUCACUGCGGGACUAUGCGGCCUCCACCGUGACUGAGUUCCUUGGCAUGUUUGGCUACGACGACCAGAACACGAGGGACGAGCUGGCCAGGAAGAUCAGCUUCGAGAAGCUGCACGCUGGCUCCACCCCAGAGGCGACCACCUCCUCCGCGCUGCCCGCCUCUGAGGACGCCCUCAGCAAACGGGCGAGGUUCUCCAAGUAUGAAGAGUACAUCCGCAAGCUCAAGGCCGGCGAGCAGCUGUCCUGGCCGGCCCAUGGCGCCACGGCCGAGGCACGGGCGGGCAAGGAGGCCAUGGGGCCCCUGCCUGGCCUGCGGCUGCCCAGCAGCACGACGCACCUGGAGACCAAGGCCACCAUCCUGCCUCUGCCCUCUCACAGCAGUGUCCCCAUGCAGGGCCUGGUGGCCCGUGCCUCCAAGUACGACUUCUUCAUCCAGAAACUGAAGACAGGCGAGCACUUGCGACCCCAGAAUGGGAGCGCCUACAAGAAGCCAUCCAAGUACGACCUGGAGAAUGUCAAGUACCUGCACCUCUUCAAGCCUGGGGAGGGCAGCCCCGACAUGGGCGGGGCCAUUGCCUUCAAGACGGGCAAGGUGGGGCGUCCCUCCAAGUAUGACGUCCGGGCCAUCCCGAAGCCGGGCCCCACCAAGGUUCCACCCACCCCCAGCCUGGCUCCUGCACCCCUUGCCAGCGUGCCCACUGCUCCCAGCACCCCCAGCUCGGGCCCUGAGCCACCUGCCUCCCUGCCUUUCAACACUCCCGAGUACCUGAAGUCGACCUUCUCCAAAACAGACUCCAUCACCACGGGGACCGUCUCCACUGUCAAGAACGGAUUGCCCACAGAUAAACCAGCUGUCACCGAAGAUGUAAACAUUUACCAGAAAUAUAUUGCCAGGUUCUCAGGCAGUCAGCACUGUGGCCACAUCCACUGCGCCUACCAGUACCGCGAGCACUACCACUGCCUCGACCCCGAGUGCAACUACCAGAGGUUCACGAGCAAGCAGGACGUGAUCCGGCACUACAACAUGCACAAGAAGCGGGACAACUCCCUGCAGCACGGCUUCAUGCGCUUCAGCCCGCUGGACGACUGCAGUGUCUACUACCACGGCUGCCACCUCAACGGGAAGAGCACCCACUACCACUGCAUGCAGGUGGGCUGUAACAAGGUGUACACGAGCACAUCGGACGUGAUGACCCACGAGAACUUCCAUAAGAAGAACACCCAGCUUAUCAACGAUGGCUUCCAGCGCUUCCGGGCCACUGAGGACUGUGGCACGGCCGACUGCCAGUUCUACGGGCAGAAGACCACGCACUUCCACUGCAGGCGCCCCGGCUGCACAUUCACCUUCAAGAACAAGUGUGACAUUGAGAAGCACAAGAGCUACCACAUCAAGGACGACGCCUACGCCAAGGAUGGCUUCAAGAAGUUCUACAAGUACGAGGAGUGCAAGUACGAGGGCUGCGUGUACAGCAAGGCCACCAACCACUUCCACUGCAUCCGCGCCGGCUGCGGCUUCACCUUCACCUCCACCAGCCAGAUGACCUCGCACAAACGCAAGCACGAGCGCCGGCACAUCCGCUCCUCGGGCUCGGGCGUGCUGGGGCUGCCGGCCUCGCUGCUGGGCGCGAAGGACACGGAGCACGAGGAGUCCAGCAACGACGACCUGGUCGACUUCUCUGCCUUGAGCAGCAAGAACUCCAGCCUGAGCGCCUCCCCCACCAGCCAGCAGUCCUCUGCCUCCCUGGCCGCUGCCACUGCCACCUCGGAGGCUGUGCCCAGCGCCACCAAGCCUCCCAACAGCAAGAUCUCGGGGCUGCUGGCCCAGGGCCUGCCUGGUUCCAUCCCCCUGGCGCUGGCCCUCUCCAACUCUGGCCUGCCCACCGCUGCGCCCUACUUCCCCAUCCUUCCGGGCCGGGGCAGUGCCUCCCUGCCUGUGGGUGCCCCCAGCCUCAUGGGUACCAUGUCAUCUGGGACAGCAGCCUCAGUCACCCCUGACACGCCCUCUCUGGCUGCCUCAGGAGCUGGUGACUCGGCCCCGGCAGCAGCUGCCUCUGUCCCGGUGCCCCCGGCCUCCAUCAUGGAGAGGAUCUCUGCGAGCAAGGGCCUCAUCUCGCCCAUGAUGGCCAGGCUGGCAGCGGCUGCCCUCAAGCCCUCUGCCACCUUUGACCCAGGAAAUGGGCAGCAGGCCACCCCUGCCAGGUUCCCCCCAGCCCAGGUGAAGCAGGAGCCUGGUGAGAGUGCUGGCGCCCCAGGUCCCCACGAGGCCUCCCAGGACCGCAGUUUAGACCUGACCCUGAAGGAGCCCAGUAAUGAAUCAAAUGGCCACGCAGUCCCGGCAAAUUCAUCUCUUUUAUCCUCGCUUAUGAAUAAGAUGUCUCAGGGCAACCCCAACCUUGGCAGCCUGUUGAACAUCAAGACGGAAGCGGAGGGGAGCCCCGCCGGGGAGUCCUCGCCCUUCCUGGGCAAGGCCGUGAAGGCAUUGGUUCAGGAGAAGCUAUCAGAGCCCUGGAAGGUGUACCUUCGCAGGUUUGGUACCAAGGACUUCUGCGACGCCCAGUGUGAUUUCCUUCACAAGGCCCACUUCCACUGCGUGGUGGAGGAGUGCGGCGCGCUUUUCAGCACCCUGGACGGGGCCAUCAAGCAUGCCAACUUCCACUUCCGGACGGAGGGAGGAACAGUGAAAGGAAAUGCAGAGGCUUCCUUCCCGGCCUCGGCUGCUGAGACCAAAUCUUCCUUGGCCCCCUCAUCCCCUCCAGCACCUCCCGUCACCACGGCCGCUGUUUCCUCCCUGGAGGGGCCCACUCCCAGCCCGGCUGCUGUGCCCUCCACCCCCACCCUCCUCGCCUGGAAGCAGCUGGCUUCCACCAUACCCCAGAUGCCUCAGAUUCCAGCAUCAGUGCCUCACCUGCCCACUUCGCCCUUGGCAACGACUUCUCUAGAAAACGCCAAGCCCCAGGUCAAACCCGGAUUCCUCCAGUUCCAGGAGAACGAUCCUUGCCUCGCAACGGACUGCAAGUAUGCCAACAAGUUCCACUUCCACUGUCUCUUUGGGAACUGCAAGUACGUCUGCAAAACCUCUGGCAAGGCCGAGUCCCACUGCCUGGACCACAUCAACCCAAACAACAACCUGGUGAACGUGCGAGACCAGUUUGCUUACUACUCCCUGCAGUGCCUCUGUCCCAACCAGCACUGCGAGUUCCGGAUGCGCGGGCACUACCACUGUCUCCGGACCGGCUGCUACUUUGUGACCAACAUCACCACCAAGCUGCCAUGGCACAUAAAGAAGCACGAGAAAGCUGAGCGGCGGGCAGCCAACGGAUUCAAGUACUUCACCAAGCGUGAGGAGUGCGGCAGGCUAGGCUGCAAGUACAACCAGGUGAACAGCCACUUCCACUGCAUCCGGGAGGGCUGCCAGUUCUCCUUCCUCCUCAAGCACCAGAUGACCUCCCACGCCCGGAAGCACAUGCGGAGGAUGCUGGGGAAGAACUUCGAUCGCGUGCCCCCCUCCCAGGGCCCCCCGAGCCUGAUGGACACUGAGACAGACGAGUACAUGGAUUACACCGGCUGCAGCCCGGGCGCCAUGUCCUCCGAGUCCUCCACCAUGGACCGAAGCUGCUCCAGCACCCCCGUGGGCAACGAGAGCACCGCAGCAGGGAACACCAUCUCCAUGCCGACAGUCUCGGGGGCCAAAAAGCGCUUCUGGAUUAUUGAGGACAUGUCGCCCUUCGGCAAGCGGCGCAAGACAGCCUCCUCUCGCAAGAUGCUGGACGAGGGCAUGAUGCUGGAGGGCUUCCGGCGCUUCGACCUCUACGAGGACUGCAAGGACGCGGCCUGCCAGUUCUCCCUCAAGGUCACCCACUACCACUGCACGCGCGAGAACUGCGGCUACAAGUUCUGUGGGCGCACGCACAUGUACAAGCACGCGCAGCACCACGACCGCGUGGACAACCUCGUGCUGGACGACUUCAAGCGCUUCAAGGCCUCGCUCAGCUGCCACUUCGCCGACUGCCCCUUCUCGGGCACCAGCACGCACUUCCACUGCCUGCGCUGCCGCUUCCGCUGCACCGACAGCACGAAAGUCACGGCGCACCGCAAGCACCACGGCAAGCAGGACGUGAUCAGCGCCGCGGGCUUUUGCCAGUUCAGCUCCAGCGCCGACUGCGCCGUGCCCGACUGCAAGUACAAGCUCAAGUGCUCACACUUCCACUGCACCUACCCCGGCUGCCGCCACACUGUCGUGGGCAUGUCGCAGAUGGACUCGCACAAGCGCAAGCACGAGAAGCAGGAGCGCGGCGAGCCGCCCGCCGCCUCCCCCGGCGCCGAGGGCCCCGCGCCCGGCCCCGCCGCCGGCCCAGACGGCCCGCUGCCCCCGGGCGCCGAGCCCGCCGGGGCCCUGCUCUUCCUGCCCGUGGCCGCCGCGGGCCUGGGCCGGGGGCCGGGCGACGCCGGUGACCCCGGCCCGCCCGACGCCCUCGGGCCCUGCGCCGGCCCCGCCGCGCCCGCGGCCGGCCCCGCGGCCGGCGAGUCCUCGCAGGAGGACGAGGAGGAGGAGCUGGAGCUGAAUGAGGAGGAGGCGGACGACGACGAGGACGACGACGAGGAGGACGACGAGGAGGACGACGACGACGAGGACGAGGACGACGACGAGGACCUGCGCACCGACUCGGAGGAGUCGCUGCCCGAGGCGGUGGUGGGGCCGGGGUCGCAGAGCCCGGAGCUGGCGGCCCUCGGCGCCCCCGCGCCCUCCGGCCCCGCGCCCGCCGCCGCCUCCCCUUAGCCGCCGGGCCGCGUGGCGCGCGGGGGGCCGCCCGGGCGCCCUCGGGGUCUUAACUCUUCAUUCUCCUAUCGUUAUUAUUACUUUUGUAAGAAACGGUAUUUAUGUGUAACGCUUCCUUUGUACAGAGCUAGGUGUUGGCUGUGGUUCCGGCGUCGGGAGGCGCUCCGGGCUCGGGGCUGCCCCGCCGGCCCCGCCGGUGCUUCCGGACCCCGAGUCCGUCUCAGGACAGAGGCGGGGGCCUCCCUCUGGUGCUCCCGGGCCGCCCCCGCGCCCGCCCGCCCCGCUCGCCGCGGCAGCUCAACGGCCGAAGGACAGAGGCUGCCGGGGACCCUCCUCUAGCUGCAGGUCGGGGAUCUUCUUCAGGGAAAUAGAAGGUGCUCUUGUCCGGGGUGCGCACGAGGAGCAGGGGUCCCGGGGAGCGGCGGGGCGAGGCGGGCGCCGGCCCCAAACUCCCUCCCCGCGCCGGACCCUGGGCCCGCGACCGCGCCGGGGGGAUUCCUCAUUGCUCAGGACUGUGACGGGCGCUGGGGGUUGCUGCGACCCCCGCCCCCCACCACCAGAGGCGCCAGCACCUGUAGCAUCGGGCAGGGCCUCCCAUUCGUGCAGCUAAGACCCUCCCUCCUGGCCCUGGGGGAGGGCGGAGCAGAAGGCGACCGCACGGGUGACAGGGACCGCAGGGGCGGGGUGCCUCAUGGAAUUGGCAGUGAUGAGAGCUCGGGGUCAUUCUGUCCCCACUGCCGGCCCGGCCUUGGUGUCUGCUUCCAGGGUUGGGGCCUGGGAAGGGGCGUGCCUCCGUCUGCUCGGUGACUCUCGCCCUAGGGCUGUUCUGGGUCCCAGACGGAAGAGCAGACAGUGCUUGGCCCGCAGGGGGUCUCAGCCACCCAGGCAACGAGAACAGGAAGGAUGCGACUGUUUGGGGCUUUAAUAUUCUACAUGGGGAAAAAUGCGAAUAAGUUGUACAGUAUUUUUCCUGUAAAGGUUAUUAUUCUACAUAGAACAAAAGAAAACAGAAGCAGACGGGCGGCUAGAGCACAGCCGCCUCGGACCAGCCCUGGAGUUGGAGACCCGAGUGCAAUUGCUCACGUGGGAUUCUUGUUUAGCAUUUUAGUUUAGAGGCCUUACCAGUUUGAGGCUGUCUGUCUUUACACUAGCACUGAUGGGAGCUGCGUGAUUCCAACUUUUAACUUGAAUUUUGUAGAGACAAGAAAAAAGGACUAUUAUUGUUGAUACAAGUUUGUAGUUAAUUUAAUAUUUGAGUUUUUCUCUAUUGGUUAUGCGUGUGGCUUUUUCGGGCUUUUUUUUUUUUCCAGUUUAUUAUUUUGUUUGGGAUACUUUUUUGUUGGUGCAACACAUCCAGAUUUGGUUCCCUUUGCAAAAUAUCCCCCCAGCCUCCCUCAAGAAUGAGGUCACCAAGGCCAGAGCUGGGGGCUCUGUCUGGCAGGCACAUGCCUGGCCAGUGGCUCCAAGGGCGACAGGGACCAAGGGCAGGCUGCCCAAGGCCCCACCUGUUCACCUUCUCUCCACUCCAGGCCACCAGCCCGUCUUAGGUUGGACCCUGUGACAUGGCCACAGGGAGCGUGCCAGGCCCAGCCUAGGGGAGUGGCUGUCACCCAGAACCUCCUCCCCAUAGGUCUCCAAGGGAAACCUGGCCUGGCUGGGGUGGGGGGGCUGGAGGUUUACUUUUUACUUUUUUUUUUUUUUUUUUUGGUCCUCUUGGCUGCCCACAGCCAGAAAGCCAGGAUCCUCUGAACUGGAGAGGGAGCAGGGAGGCAGGAUCGGUCAGAUGGAGUGUACCCGAUUCAACAGGAAACAAAUGAUUUUCUAGAACAGCCCCUACCAGAGCCUCCUGAAUUCUGUGGGCACCACGUGCUGCUGCUGAGCAUUUGCCCAGACUUUGUGCCCGACCACAGAACCGGGGCGUCUGUGGAAGGAGUUUUGUAAAGGAAAAAACAAAAAAACAUUUUUCAAUGUAGCAAAAUCAAACAAAAAAAAAAAAAAGAAGAAGAU